UUGGACCCUGAGGUCCCUGAGGACCACCUGAAGUUCUGAAGACUCCGUCCACGCCCUGGUUGUUCUAUAUCGUGUUAAACAAAUGUUCUACUUAGAUCUUUAAAACAUGGGUGCUCACAGUAGAGCUCCAAACGCCUUUUGUGCGACAUGUCUAAGCCAGGAUAGGCAAAUGUUUACACUGCCGUUGCAACACAUUAAACCCGUUUCUAUGUUUUACAAAGACUUGACGCUGACGGAAGAUGACAAGAUAUGCUGGGAGUGCAAACAUUUUGUAAUAAAAAUGGUCAACUUUAAGGACAGAGCCCUAAAAGCACAAAGGACUCUUGUUGCAAUGUUAAAUAAACAACCAACCUCACUCCAAAGUCUAUCCAAACUAACAAUAUCCAAUCGCUUCAAUUUGGAAAUAAAAUACCCACCACAAAAAACAGAGCCUACAGAAAACUUAGAUCCCCUUCUUAUAGAGAGAAUAAAAUCCGAGCCUGACUCCGAUUAUGGGGCACCAAGUGAAUGGAGCAUGGAAGUUGAUCCUGCAUCUGGCAACACUGAUGGAAAAGUUAUGUUUGAAGUGGUUCAACAUGAAGUUAAUAAACCGACUGAAAGGUUUUUGAUCAAACUCGAGCCUCUACCUGAUAGACACGAAAAUGCUGGAGUCUGUGACGCUAGCGUGUCACAAAAGGAACCUGUACCUGAAAGACAGGAAAAUGCUGGAGUUUGUGACGCUAGCGUGUCACAAAAGGAACCUGUACCUCAUACACACGAAAAGGCUGGAGUUUAUGACACUAGUGUGUCACAAAAGGAACCUGUACCUCAUACACACGAAAAGGCUGGAGUUUGUGACGCUAGCGUGUCACAAAAGGAACCUGUCCCUCAAAGACAUAAAAACGCUGGUUUUUGGGAAACUAUGUUAAAUCGUGAACCUGUACCUGUGAGGAGCGAAAGUGCUGGAGUUUGGAGUGGUGUCGGGUUUGCGGAUGCAACGCUAAUGUCACUAUUGAAUAGGAAACAUGUUUCAUACCCACCACCAAUAAGCGUAGUGCCCCAACGAAAACUACCAAUGAUGGAAGUUCCCACACUACGAACCCUACCAAAAAACCCUACGCCUGAGAGAGAUGUAGAAAAGCACUCACUUGAAGAAACAGAACAGUCAGUAUCCGAUCCAUCAGGCCCUAGUUUUACAGAAGAGAGAUUGACAGAAGAGGAGAGACAGAGAUGGUGGGAGAGUAAGAAACAGAACGAGUUUUAUGCAAAGAGUAUAGAAGUGUUUAAAUGUGCGAAAUGUGUGGAGCCCUUUUUUACAAGGAGGACUUUUUUGGGGCAUGAGAAGAUGCAUACUGAGACGUAUGGCAAGCUGUCCUGCGAUAUUUGCGAGCUGAGGUUCCACACUGAGGAAGCCCUGGCGACGCAUAAGGACAGGCAUUAUAGACUGCUGAAGUGUCCCCGUUGUGCCCACGCGUGGGACACUCCUAACUCCUUGCGACGACACUGCGAGACCGAGCAUUCCGUCCCUGUAACUCUCUGGAACUGCGACAUCUGUUAUCGCGAGUUCACUCGCUACAGAAAAUACUUGAACCACAUCCGCGGCCACGGCUGCGAGGAGUGCCCUCAGUGUGGGAAGAAGAUCUUCGACCACCUCACCCGCAUGAAGUACCACCUGCUUACACAUAAGGAUAUGGAACGGCUAUUCAAGUGCUCCGAGUGUGACAAGAGUUUCAAGCAUAAGGCAAUCCUGACUACGCACGUCGCUCGAGUCCAUACUGGCAAGGAUGAUGUGAUGUAUUGCGCACAGUGUAACAAGCAGUUCAAGAACGCGUACUCUUACAACAACCACAUGAAGUACUCCGGCCAACACGUCACUAGCGAAAUGCUCACGCACAACUGCACAGAGUGCAGUAGAGUGUUCCCGACGGGCACUAUGCUGCGGCGGCACGUGGAGAGCGUGCACAGCGACGAGCGGAGAUAUGAGUGCCCAGUGUGCCACGCGAUGUUCAAGUCGUCGACCAACCGGACGCGGCACCAGCGACUGGCGCACGACAAUCGUGUCGGGCCCAAGGACAAGAUGUGCGACUACUGCGGGAAGGCCUUCAAGACAAAAAAAAUGGUCGCGGACCACAUCAACACGCACACAGGCGCGCGGCCGUUCGUGUGCGCGCUGUGCGGGGCGGACUUCGGGUUCCGGAGCGCCCUCUACCUGCACGGCCGGUACAAGCACAAGAUACCGAAGAAGAACAGCAGGGUGACUGUCAAGAAAGUUAAAGUGAAGACUGAAGAGGCAGUUGGCGGCAGUUAAUUGUGUUUAUUUUUAUCAGUGUAUCUGAGCGUUUCAUUUAUUUUUUGCCAUUUUUAUAUAUUGUGACCUUUUUUGCCACUUUUGCGUUAUUUCUACUCAGAAUCACGAGCUCUUUCGAUCCUAAUGGGAUAAAAAAAUGUCCCAGAGUUUUUUUCCUAUUUUGUUACCAUUUCUCCAUUUACUUUGUAUGGCGGUAACAAAAAGGAAAGUUUGAAAAAUGUAUGGAAAUUUUUGGACACUUUUUUUCUCCUAUAAGGAUGAAAAGG